ACACUGCUACACACAGAAGCGGAAGCGUUUUUGGCUCACGGCAGCCACGCUUCCGGAAGCUUCCUUGUUAUGGGCCGUAACAAGAAGAAGCGAGAUGGAGAUGACCGACGGCCUCGGCUCGUCCUCAGCUUCGAUGAAGAGAAGCGGCGGGAAUACCUGACAGGCUUCCACAAACGGAAGGUGGAGCGGAAGAAGGCAGCCAUUGAGGAGAUAAAGCAGCGGCUGAAGCAGGAGCAGAAGAAGCUCCGGGAAGAGCGCCACCAGGAAUACCUGAAGAUGCUGGCAGAAAGAGAGGAAGCACUAGAGGAGGCAGAUGAGCUUGAGCGGCUGGUGACAGCAAAGACAGAGUCGAUGCAGUAUGACCACCCCAAUCACACAGUCACUGUGACUACCAUCAGUGACCUGGACCUCUCAGGAGCCCGGCUGCUAGGUCUGCCCCUGCCUGAGCAAGGGGUCCUGGAUGGGUCCCAGGAGGAGUUGUCAUCCAUGGAGAAGCCAACCAAAGCCUUGCCUAGGAAAUCCAAAGAUCCCCUCCUAUCUCAGCGCAUCUCCUCCCUCACAGCCACACUGCAUGCACACAGUCGGAAGAAGGUCAAGAAGAAACACCCUCGGCGGGCCCAGGACUCCACCAAGAAACCUCCCAGUGCCACUCGUACCAGCAAGACCCAGCGCCGACGACGGAUGAAUGGAAAAGCCAGGCACAGUGGGGAGUGAGCCCUCUAGAAGCCUGUGGGUCCCCAGCCACAAUCUGUGGCUGUCCCUGCAACCCAGCUAUGCUGAGUGGUAACUGCAGUGUAGGCCAGAAAACCAGGACUUCUCCAGUGUGGGGCCAUCCUUGCUUGGGAACCAGCCUGGGGUUUGAACCCAGAAGCAAUGGGCUUUCUAGAGCCUUGGCGCCAGGAGCCUGCAGAUAUGUGUUAGGGUUUCUUCACAAAUGUACAUCCACCUGGGUCUCAACAGUUCUUGAAGUCCCUCACCUGUGUGCUUGUGAUUUGUCCUGUCUUUGGUGCCAUGCCCCAAAGUUGUCUUCUGGGAUGGUGGGAAUGGUCAGGGGUCCAUCUUCUACUUGUAGGUUUUCCUGAGGGUAUUACAAGGUCAUGUCAUAUCUGGGUCCCCUAGAAAUAGCUGGAGAAUAGCAUGUCCCUUGUAGAAUCCAGAGCUGUGGCCAACUGUGGUAGUAUAUGGUAAUAUUGCAGCAAGGAGACUGAGAAGGGAACUCAAUUCACAGUCAUCUUUAGCUAUAUAGGGAGUUUUAUGCCAUCCUGGACCAUCUUGUCAGGUGGUGUCUGAAGACUGAGGUCUAGAGUCACCUAUAGUCAGGGAUGGGAAGCUCAGCUCAGGGUCUUCCUUGGAGCUGGCUUGGCCUGGCCUCAGCCCCUCCCUCCUUUCCUGCCUUCUCUGCUUUGGGAGAAGCAAGGCAGGAAAUGCAGGGAUUUGGUCCUCAUGUGAUGAGCCUCAUGUGUGUUUCCCUGUGUGAACCUCCAUCAGGACCACCUUGAGACUGGAAUAUGAGUAGUAUUAGAUACUUGGUACCACACCAGGAUUACACCUCAUGGCUCACAGCAUGUCCCUAUCUCUUCAUUAGAGAUGUCUGCCUCUAGUCCCUUUCUC